AUGUGUUUUCGAUCCCUCAGCCUCUGGGUUUCCUGCCUUGACAGGACAGUGGCCCGAUUCUCUCAUUGGAUAUGCAAUGAACAUCUGAACCCACAGUCGCAGCAGGUUCUGAGAUCCGUGCUGCAACAGCUCUUGCAGAGAGUUCUUGACAAGAACAAGCGGGUGCAGGAGGCUGCUUGCAGUGCCUUCGCCACCCUCGAAGAAACAGCACGGCUCCUUCUCGUGCCAUACCUGGACGACAUUGUACAGACACUUUCCAGGGCUUUCCAAAUGUACCAGGCCAAGAACCUGUUGAUCCUCUACGAUGCUGUGGGGACGCUGGCAGAUGCUGUAGGUCCGGAGCUGGACACGCAGAAGUACAAGCAGCUAUUGCUUGAGCCAAUGUUCCAGAAGUUCCUGCACACCCCAGACCACGACAGAUCUUUAGUGGCCCUGUUCGAGUGCUUCUCAUCUUUGGCGCAAAACUUGGGGCCAUCCUUCAUGCCGCUGUGCAAACCGCUCAUAGAAAGAUGUACCCGUCUCAUCCGCACUGGUGCACAAGCGGCUCAAAUGUGGAUGCAGAAUCCCAACGAAUUUGAAAAGCCUGACCGCGAGGUCAUGGCUGCAAGCAUCGACUUACUCUCCGGCAUUGUAGGCGGACUCCAAAGAAGAGUGUCCGAGGUCCUUGCACAGGAUAACUUCCUCGCUGUAGUGCCGGAAGUGCUUAAGGACAGCGCAUUACAGGUAAAGCAAAGUGCGUUCGCACUCGUGGGUGACUCUGCAAGACAUUGCAUCGAGCACCUUUCACCGUUCUUGCCGCAGCUACUGCCCCAAUGUGCAAAAGCUCUUCGGGAGAAUAACUCCGCGACGGUCAGCAACAACGCAUCCUGGGCCGUUGGAGAGAUUUGCAUCAAGGUCGGGCCUGACUACAUGGCGAAUUACCUGGAGGAUAUCGUCGAUGCGCUUGUGACUACGCUGAACAGGUGUACACAGCAAAGCAACAGGAUGCUGACGCAAAAUGUGUGCAUCACUUUGGGCCGCCUGGGUGUCGUCUCCGGACCUCAGAUGGGCAAGAGCUUCUCCCAGUUUGCAAGGAUCUGGUGCCUGGUGAUGAAGGAUGCUAGACACGAUGCUGAGAAAGUCAAUGCAUUCCAGGGUUUCUGCAACAUGGUGCAGGCCAACCCACAGGUUGCCCUCCAACACCCUGUAGAGUUUGCAGGUGCCAUUGCGUCGCUUGCCCCUGCUCCACAACACCUUCAGCCGAACUUCCAGAACAUCCUCUCAAGUUACAAGCAGACCUUGGGAGCCAAUUGGGCAAAUGCCUGGAAGCAGAUGCCACAAGAUGUGCAGCACAAGCUUUCGCAUAUGUACGCUGGGAUAGAGCCUUCGUCCUAG